AUGGAUGACAAGUCGCCAACGGGCGAUGCGAGUACUAACUCGGACGUCGAUUCCCGUCGCUCAAGCGACUAUGAGCAAGGCCGGGAAGAGCUUCGCAUUGCUAACCCGCAGGGCAUGACAACGACUCAGACCGGUGUUGAUGUCGAAAAGGCCCAGUAUGAAUUCUCAGAGUUGAACAGACAAUUUUCCAGUAUUUCGCACCGAGCUCGUCGACUGUCAAAACAGGCAUCCCGGGCCUCGAAGCCCACUGCCACCGCUGAAGAUGUUGAAAAGGCUGGGAGCUCGGCCGACUCCGAGGAACCAUGGGACCUGGAGACAACCCUAAGGGGCAACCGAGCUGCAGAGGAAGAAGCGGGCAUCAAAGACAAACAUAUCGGCGUCAUCUGGGACAAUCUCACAGUUCGCGGCAUCGGUGGCGUGAAGACCUUCAUUAAAACCUUCCCCGAUGCAGUUAUUGAUUUCUUCAACGUCCCCGAGACCAUCAUGCAUAUGCUGGGCUAUGGAAAUAAAGGCAAGGAGUACAAUAUCUUGGAGGGAUUCCGAGGUCUCACGAAACCCGGAGAGAUGGUACUGGUCCUUGGACGACCAGGUUCCGGAUGCACCACAUUCCUCAAAGUUAUUGCGAAUCAACGGUUCGGGUAUACCGGUGUCGAUGGAGAGGUUCUAUACGGUCCUUUCACAUCGGAGGUGUUUGCAGAGAGAUUCCGAGGCGAGGCCGUAUACAACCAAGAGGACGAUAUCCACCAGCCCACUUUAACCGUCAAGCAAACCCUUGGAUUCGCGCUAGACACGAAGACUCCCGGGAAGCGACCCCACGGUGUGUCCAAGGCCGAAUUCAAGGAAAAGGUCACCAACAUGCUGUUGCGUAUGUUCAACAUUGCGCACACUGCCAACACUGUCAUUGGAAACCAGUUCAUUCGCGGCGUGAGUGGUGGUGAGAGACGACGUGUCAGUAUCGCGGAAAUGAUGAUUACUAGUGGUACGGUCUUGGCCUGGGAUAACUCCACUCGAGGUCUAGAUGCCUCUACAGCGCUGGAUUUUGCCAAGUCACUUCGCAUUUUGACCAAUAUCUACAAGACUACGACCUUCGUUUCGCUCUAUCAGGCAUCCGAGAAUAUCUAUAAGCAGUUUGACAAAGUCCUUGUCAUUGACAGCGGCCGCCAGGUGUUUUUCGGUCCUACUGACAAAGCUCGUGCAUACUUUGAGGGACUUGGUUUCCGAGAAAAGCCUCGCCAGACAACCCCCGACUACUUGACUGGCUGCACUGAUCCCUUUGAGCGGGAAUUCAAAGAUGGAAGAAGCGCCGAGAACGUGCCUUCAACCUCCCAGGGCCUAGUUGAAGCCUUUGAAAAGUCCUCAUUCAGCACGCAGCUCAACGAAGAGAUGCAGGCGUACCGCUCGCAAAUUCAACAGGAAAAGCAAGUCUACGAUGACUUCGAAAUUGCCAACCUCGAGGCCAAACGGAAGUUCACGCCCAAGUCCUCUGUCUACUCGAUUCCUCUCCAUCUUCAGAUCUGGGCCCUCAUGCAGCGGCAAUUCUUGAUCAAAUGGCAAGACAAGUUCGCUCUGACUGUGUCCUGGAUUACAUCUACCGGUAUUGCAAUCAUUCUUGGCACCGUGUGGCUGAAACAGCCCGAGACCAGUGCCGGUGCUUUCACUCGUGGUGGUCUCCUGUUCAUCAGUCUACUGUUCAAUGGCUUCCAGGCUUUCUCUGAGCUUGCGGGUACAAUGAUUGGUCGAUCCAUUGUCAACAAACACCGAUCAUUCACGUUCUAUAGACCAACUGCACUCUUCAUUGCUCAAAUCAUUGUCGAUACAACAUUUGCCAUCGCACGAAUUUUGAUAUUUGCCAUCAUCGUCUACUUCAUGUGUGGCCUUGCUCUCGAUGCGGGUGCAUUCUUCACGUUUGUCUUGAUCAUUCUUACCGGAUACGUCUGCAUGACAGUGGUUUUCAGAACAAUUGGCUGUCUCUGUCCCGACUUUGAUUACGCCAUGAAGUUUGCUGCGGUGAUCAUCACACUAUUUGUCUUGACCUCUGGCUAUCUCAUUCAAUGGGCUAGCGCACAGGUAUGGCUGAGGUGGAUUUACUAUCUCAAUCCAUUUGGUCUGGGCUUUGCGUCGCUCAUGGUCAACGAGUUCAGCCGCCUGACAAUGACUUGUACAAAGGACUCCUUAGUGCCAAGCGGUGCCGGCUAUACCGACAUUGCCCACCAGGUGUGCACUCUUGCAGGUGGUGAACCGGGAUCCGCAAUCAUCCCGGGCCUGAGUUACCUAUUGACUACAUUCAGCUACGCAAAGAGCGAUCUCUGGCGGAACUUUGGAAUCAUGCUUGCUCUGAUCGCGGCAUUCCUGGCUUCCAACCUGUAUCUGGGUGAGACUGUUCAAUUUGGCGCUGGUGGCAAGACGAUUACCUUCUUCCAAAAGGAGAACAGUGAGCGCAAGGAACUCAACCAGGCUUUGGAAACCAAAAAGGCCAACAGACAGGCAAAGACGGUGGACACUGGGGCCAACCUGAAAAUCAGCUCGACCUCGGUGUUCACCUGGGAAGACGUCUGCUAUGAGGUACCAGUUCCAUCUGGAACACGAAGACUGCUGAAUUCCGUCUACGGAUAUGUUCAACCUGGCAAACUCACUGCUCUGAUGGGUGCAUCCGGUGCCGGAAAGACAACAUUGCUGGACGUUCUGGCCGCUCGAAAGAACAUUGGUGUUGUCUCUGGCGAUAUCCUGGUUGACGGCCAAGCCCCUGGAACGGCCUUCCAGCGAGGUACAUCCUAUGCUGAGCAACUGGAUACUCACGAAGCAAUGGCGACCGUCCGAGAGGCUCUGCGCUUCUCUGCCGAUCUACGUCAGCCAUUUGAAACGCCACGAUCGGAAAAGUACGAAUAUGUCGAGGAAAUUAUCAGCCUUCUCGAGUUGGAGAACUUGGCGGAUGCCAUUAUUGGAACCCCCGAGACGGGUCUCUCUGUUGAAGAACGGAAGCGUGUCACUAUCGGUGUUGAGCUGGCAGCUAAGCCUGAGCUUCUGCUGUUCCUGGAUGAGCCUACAUCUGGCCUAGACAGUCAAUCUGCGUUCAAUAUUGUUCGAUUCCUGAAGAAGCUCGCCGCAGCCGGCCAGGCCAUUCUUUGCACCAUUCACCAGCCCAACUCUGCCCUGUUCGAGAACUUUGAUCGGCUGCUGCUUCUUCAGAAGGGUGGCGAGUGUGUUUACUUUGGAGACAUUGGCGCUGAUUCUCACGUCUUGCUGGAGUACUUCCGUCGCAACGGUGCUGAUUGUCCUCCCGAUGCAAACCCAGCUGAAUGGAUGCUUGAUGCCAUUGGUGCAGGUCAAACACGACGCCUCGGUGAACGCGACUGGGGUGAUGUUUGGCGUACUUCGCCAGAGCUAGAGUCUAUCAAGAAGGAUAUUGUUCAAAUCAAGUCUGAUCGCGCCCAGGCCGUCACCCAGACGGCCGACCAAGGCCAGGACACGGUCGAAAAAGAGUAUGCCUCUCCUCUCUGGCAUCAGGUCAAGGUUGUUGGACGACGGACUCAUCUCUCCUUCUGGCGCUCUCGGAAUUACGGUUUUACUCGAUUAUUCACCCACGUCGUUAUCGCCGUCGUCACCGGUCUCGCAUUCCUAAACCUCGAUGACUCUCGUUCCUCGCUUCAAUAUCGCAUCUUCGUUAUCUUCAACGUGACAGUCCUUCCUGCCAUCAUCCUUCAACAAGUCCAGCCCAAGUACGACAUGUCACGACUGAUCUUCUACCGCGAGUCUGCAUCCAAGACAUACAGUCAAUUCGCCUUUGCGUUCUCUAUGGUCAUGGCCGAGCUUCCGUACAGUAUCCUCUGCGCUGUCUGCUUCUUCCUGCCUCUGUACUACAUCCCAGGCUUCCAAUCAGCCAGCAGCCGCGCCGGAUACCAAUUCUUCAUGGUCCUCAUCACAGAGAUUUUCGCCGUGACAUUAGGCCAGAUGGUCUCCGCCCUGACACCCAACAGCUUCAUCGCAUCGCAACUCAACCCCCCAAUCGUGAUCAUCUUCUCGCUCUUCUGCGGUGUCGCAAUUCCCAAGCCCCAGAUGCCAAAGUUCUGGCGUGCCUGGCUCUACCAGCUCGACCCGUUCACUCGCUUGAUUGGGGGCAUGGUUGUUACGGAACUUCACGGUCGCCCCGUUCAGUGCUCGUCUGUUGAAUGGAACUCAUUCCAGGCACCGGCAAACCAGACCUGCGGCGAAUAUAUGGAGCCAUUCUUUGAGCGCGGGGGUAAUGGGUAUCUCCUCGAGAAUGCGACGCAGGCGUGCAAAUAUUGCGCGUACAAGAUUGGAGAUCAGUUCUACUCGGCCUUCAGCAUGGACUUUGAUAACCGAUGGCGCGAUCUGGGCAUUUUCCUCGCGUAUGUCGGGUCGAAUUUGAUUAUUUUGUUCUUUGCGUCUCGAUUCUUGAACUUCAACCGAAGAUAG